CGACGACCAUGUCCCGCGCACUUGAAUCGCUGCUUCCAGCCCAGCUUCCGACCAAACUCCAGGAUGUUGACCCCAACAUUCUAGGACUCGCUGUCAUCUCGUUAUCGGCAUGUGCCUUGGCAUGGAAGAGCUACUCGUCUCGCAGGUCACGGCCUAUGCCUCCGAGCCCGCCGACAAACCAUUGGUUCUACGGGCACAAGGUUGCGCAGAACUCAAACUUGCCUUUCCUUCAAAUUGAGGAGUGGAUUAAGGAGUACGGUCCCAUCAUCACACUCAGAGAUGGAACAGAGAAGUACGUUGUCAUAGGUGGUCAGCAGGCGCUCUUCGAUAUUAUGGAGAGACAGGGCGCUCUGCUAGCCGACAGACCCCCUCGCAUUUCCAUCACCGAGUUGCUCACUGGGGGCGUUAGCAUCGGAUUUACUAAUGGUCCUCGGCUUCGUCUCAUGCGACGCGCAAUGCACACCCACCUUCAGCCAAAGGCUGUCGGCACCUACGCCCCUCUGCAAAUGGAACACGUCCGUGGGACCAUCAUUGGCCUGCUCGACGAGCCGAUGAAAUACCAGAGUCACGCGCGUACGUACGCUGCGUCUGUCGUGCUCAAGGUCGCGUACGGCAAGAGCAUGCCCACCUCCGCGUCCGGCCCUGAGGUGCAGAAGAUCGAGCGCAGCUUGGCCAUGACACGUAAUGCGCUCCGCCCUGGCGCAUACCUCGUCGAUUAUGCGCUAUUCAGCUGGCUCAAGUAUAUGCCUUGGUAUGGACGGGAGCUUAGACAGACGCACGAAACCGAUACGAAGCUGUUCGUGGGACAUUUGGAGAAUGUACGGAACAAACUGAUUGAUAGCGAUGCGGGCCCCUCGUUCAGCAGACACCUGUUCGAGAACGAGAGCAGCUACGGAAUGUCGCGCAAGGAGAUGGCCUUCCUCGCUGGCUCAUUCUAUGCCGCUGGCUCUGAGACUAGCGCUAUUGGAGCGUGCCAGAUCAUGAUGACCGCCGCACUCCACCCCGAAAUCCAAGCUCGCGUGCAGGCCGAGAUUGACACCGUCGUCGGACGUGACAGAGUUCCGACAUUUGAUGACGAGUACUCACUUCCGCUCGUCAGGGCAUUCGUGCAAGAAGUACAUCGGUGGCGACCAAUUGCUGCCAUGGGCGAGUUCUGCUGUCCACAUUGUCUCUCUCACUAUACAACCGAUGAUGUCAUCUGGAAUGGCUACUGUAUUCCCAAGGGGACGACUGUCUGGGGGAACCACUGGUCGGCAUCCCGGGACCCCGAGGUCUGGGCCGACGCCGACAAGUUCGAUAUCAACCGAUGGCUCACCGAAGACGGCGCCUUCCGCACGGAUCUCAACGACAUGCGGCACAUCGCCUUCGGCUUCGGACGACGCAUCUGCCCCGGCCAACACCUCGCCCAGCGCUCGCUCCUCAUCAACGCGAUCGUCAUCCUCUGGGCCUUCCGCAUCUCGCUCGACCCCGCCAAGUACUCCAAGGACGCGCUCCGGAACCCGGUGGAAAGCCCCGAGGUCGACUCGUUCGCGUAUAUGCGCCGUAUACCAACCAACACGCCCGCGUUCAGCUACGUAUUCGAGCCACGCAUCGAGCCGGGUCGGCUGCGAGAGAUGAUGAAAGACUACCCGUACGCUUGA